UAUAGAGAGAGAGAUAUGGAGGCUGAUAAAGGUCCAGUUUGUGUUACAGGAGGUAACGGGUUCAUAGGUUCUUGGCUGAUUAUGAGGCUUCUUCAACAAGGCUAUUCUGUUCGUACUACUGUUAGAUCCGAUCGAGAAAGCAACAAAGACCUCAGCUUUCUCACAAACCUCCAAGGAGCACUAGAGAGGCUCCAAAUCUUCAAAGCAGACCUCGAAGAACCAGACAGCUUCAAGGCAGCCAUUGAAGGGAGUGUGGGAGUCUUCCAUGUUGCCCACCCGAUGGACAGGCGAGGCGAGCAGCCGGAGGAAGUCGUGACCAAGUGGGCCAUGGAAGGAGCCCUAGGGAUUCUUAGGACAUGUCUGAGUUCAAACACAGUAAAGAAAGUGAUUUUCACUUCAAGUUUAGCCGCAGUGAUGUUUAAGAACUUUGAAGGUAUUGAAAUGGUUGAUGAAACGACAUGGAGUGAACUCGAAAUUGGGCGUUCAAGCGCUGCUUUGAGGUCCUCAUAUUUCGUUUCCAAGACAUUGACUGAGAAGGCUGUGUUGGAAUUUGGAAAGGAAAAUGAGAUGAAAAUGAAGGUUGUAAGCUUUGUUCUUCCUUUGGUUGUUGGACCUUUUCUUGCCCCCAACAUGCCAACGGCAAUUAGUUUGGCACUUUCCAUGAUCUUAGGAGACGAGAGCCAAUGCAAAACUCUUGGAAACACAUACAUGGUACACGUAGAUGAUGUCACAAGGGCUCUUAUAUUCCUAUUCGAAAAUAGCAAUGCUGAAGGACGCUUUAUUUGUGGUUUUCAUCAAGUUACGUUUCAUCAGUUACAUGAGCUGAUUUCCCGGAAAUGUCCUCAGCAUCGCAUAACAAUACCACAUAAUUUUACAGCGGCAAAGGUCGACAAUGAUAAAGUAUCCUUGCCUGUCAUACAAAAAGCUCCAGGACACAGGAUUCGAGUUAAAGCAUGGGGUCGAUGA